AUGGCUACUCCAGACUCUCAGACAUUUCACUGGCGCUACGACGAGCUCGACGAUAAGAACUUCCAAAUCCGUGGACGCACUCUCUUUUUCAUCAUCGUUCUCUUCGCCGUCAUCCUCUUGGUGACGCUUCUCUUCCUCUACGCACGCUGGAUCUGCCGAUCUUCCUCCGCUUCUUCCGCCGCCGUAUCACAGCACAUCCAGCGGUUUUCCCGGCCGCAAGGCCUGGAUUCCGCCGCGAUCGACAGCCUCCCGAUCACUCUGCACCAACGGCCAUCGACGUCAUCAACUGAUUCGUUGGAGUGUUGUAUCUGCCUCGGAGUAUUUGAAGAAGGGGAGAAAGUGAAGGUGUUGCCAAAGUGUAGCCAUGCUUAUCACUGCGAGUGUGUAGACAAAUGGCUCACCACUCAUUCUAGCUGUCCGAUUUGCAGAGCUGCACUCCUGGUCGACUCACCCGUCUGA